AUGGUCAAAUCCUACAAUCGUUAUGAUCAAGAGAAAUGUUUUGGAGUCAUAACCUCACAUUCAAACAUAGUAUGGCUACCGCCUACAGAUUCACAAUCUUCAACCUCUGUGGGAAGAGCAUUAACAUCAGGUUUAGAAGAAAUAUUAAUAUGGGACAUCAAGACUGGAGAAUUAUUACAAAGAUUCAAUGACUCUAUCUCACCUGGAGCAUCAAAUUCAAGUACUAUUAUACCACCUAGUCCGGUAUCAUACUUAACAUACUACAAAGAAACUAAUUUGAUAGCGGCUGGUUAUGAUAAUGGGAAAAUAAAGAUAUGGGAUGUUAGUUCACAAUCUGUUUUAAUGACUUUCGAAGGACAUAAAUCUUCAAUCAGUAUGUUGAAAUUCGAUAGAAGUGGAACUAGGUUAGUUAGUGGGUCUAAUGAUUCGAGUAUAAUAAUGUGGGACCUUGUAGGAGAAAGUGGAUUAUUUAAAUUGAAAAGUCAUAAGGGACCAAUAACUGGAUUGCAAUUCAUAUCUAAUGAGGUCCAAGAUUUGGAUCAAAUGGAAGAUUAUUUAUUGAGUUGUUCUAAAGACGGAUUGAUCAAAUUAUGGGAAUUGAAAAGUCAGUAUUGCGUUGAAACUCAUUUGGCCCAUAGUUCGGAGUGUUGGUCAAUGGGAGUGAACAAAUAUAAAACCAUGUUGGUGACGACGGGAAACAAAGAUCAAGUGAAAGUAUGGGGGAUUGAUCUUAAUCAAGAGGAUGGUCAAAAAAUAAAUGAAAGAGGAAUGUUUGAAAAAACUAGUAAAUCAAGAGGUAAUGAAAUACAUUUCAAAACAAUAAAAAAUAAUGGAUCUGAGGUUGAUUUAUUCCUUAUACAGAACGCUGACCGUACAAUUGAACUAUUCAGGGUAAGGUCAGAUGAUGAGAUGAAAAAGGGAAUUACCAAAAGAAUGAAAAGAUUACAAGAGAAAGGAAUGGAUGAGGAGGAAAUCCUACAAAGUAUAGAAAAAUCAGAAAUAAGUAUGUUGAUAACACCCCUCACAAUUAUAAGACUAAUGUCAAAAAUUAAUUCCACUUGCUUUACAGACAGUAGAAAGAAAUUAAAUCUACUAAUAGGAAGUGCAAAUAACAUGAUUGAAUUCAUUAAUAUCCCAGUACCAGAGAAUAUCAAGAAGUCUAACGACCUUCAAUACGUAAAGACUUAUCUUAUAGAUCAUUUGGGACAUAAAUUUGACAUAAGAGCGAUGGAUAUUUCACCUGAAGACGAUAAAUUAUUAGCAACUGCAUCAAAUGGAGAAUUGAAAAUAUGGAAUACUAAAACAUACAAAGUGAUAAGAACUUUUGCUUUAGAAGGAGGAUAUGCAUUAUGUUGUAAAUUUUUACCUGGAGGGACUUUAAUAGUUGUUGGGUUUAAAAAUGGUGAUUUGGAAUUGUAUGAUUUAACUACAUCUUCGUUAGUUGAUAGAGUUGAAAAUGCACAUCAAAUUGCUGGAGCUGAGGACAGUGCUGCUGUAUGGUCAUUAGAUUUAACAUCCGAUGGUAAAACCUUAGUGACAGGUGGUAAUGAUAAAUGUGUUAAAUUUUGGAACUUCAAAGUUGAGAAGGAUAUCAUACCAGCUACAAAUACGGUAAUAUCGCAAUUGAAAAUUAUCCAUACACAAACGUUGGAAUUGGAUGAGGACGUGUUAUGUGUAAGAAUCUCCCCAGAUGAUAAAUAUCUUGCUGUUUCCUUACUUAAUAACAAUGUACAAGUUGUUUUCCUAGAUACAUUGAAGUUAUUCUUAACAUUAUACGGACACAAAUUACCUGUUUUGUCAAUAGAUAUAUCCUCAGAUUCAAAGCUAAUCAUAACUUCAUCAGCUGAUAAAAAUAUCAAAAUUUGGGGUCUUGACUUUGGUGAUUGUCAUAAAUCAAUUUUUGCACAUCAAGAUUCAGUAAUGAACGUCAAAUUUAUUGGAGAAUCGCAUAAUUUCUUCUCAAGUGGUAAAGAUGGAUUAAUCAAAUAUUGGGAUGGUGAUAAAUUUGAAUGUAUACAAAAAUUACCUGCUCAUCAAAGUGAAGUAUGGUGUAUGGCUAUAAGUAAAAAUGGUUUAUUCAUGUGUUCCACCUCUCAUGAUCAUUCAAUCAGAUUGUGGUCUGCUACAAGCGAUCAAGUGUUUUUGGAGGAAGAAAGAGAGAAAGAAAUGGACGAAUUGUAUGAAAAUAAAUUAAUAGAUCAAUUGGAAAAUGAUGAACCUAAACAACAAACGGAUGAGGAAUUGGAAGCAGAAACUGAUGAAGUUGAAAGAGUUGGUAAACAAACUAUGGAAACUUUGAAAGCAGGAGAAAAAUUGAUGGAGGCAUUGGAUAUAGGUAUUGAAGAUUUAGAAGCUAUAAGACUGUAUGAAGCUCAGUUGAAGAUAAGUAAAAAUGCUGUUAAACCAACACCAAAUUCAAUAUUGCUAGCAUUCAACAUGACAGGAUCACAAUAUGUAAUGCAUACAUUGACUCAAAUUAAACCGUCACAAUUGGAUGAUGCUUUAUUAGUCUUGCCUUUCUCAUAUUGUUUAAAACUAUUUCAAAUGAUUGAGAUUUGGACUCAGAAGGGAAACAUCAACAAAAAUAUCACUCAAUUAUCUUUAAUAUGUCGAGUAUUAUUUUUCAUAAUAUCUUCUAAUUCCAAAGAAUUGAUCAAUCAAAAGGACCCAAUUUUGAAAAACCAAUUGUUAUCAGUUAAACAACAAUUGCGAGAAAGUUUAUCCAAAACUUGUAAUACCGUUGGAGUAAACACCAUGGGUUUGAGAUUCAUAAAACAACAAUGGAAAUUGACUCAUGCUACGGAGUUCAUCGAUCAAGAGGAACAACAAGCAUAUGAAGAUAAAAGAGCUAUUAAGCGUACUUAUAAGACUAUAUAG